AGAAGUUCGAAACUCUCAUCGAACUUCUUUGCUAAGUUUCUAGUUUUAUACAAAGUGGAAUCAGAUCGAUACUUUCGCUCCAUGUCUGCUCGUCUUCCUGAACAAGCUGGGAUUUCCAAGUUUCAUUCUCCGAUCCAGAUUCGCCAAAUCACUGCCCUUCAUUCUCUAUACUCGUUACGCUAUUUUCGUUUCCGCUCUUCUUUACCUCACACUGUUUUGCUGUGUCUCGAAGCUAGUAAGGGGAAAGAGCUAUACAUUUUGCAAUUAUGAGAACUUCGUGGGCAGAUUCUGUAGAUAACUCUGCAUCUGAGAAUGCACCCACUGCUGCUUCUGAUAGUAGUGGCUUAACACGCCCUACCCGAUCAACAUAUGUUCCACCGCAUCUCCGUAUUAGGCAACCUCCUUCAACAGAUCCCCCUGAUCCAUUACACUCUGUUCCUUCAUCAGCCAAUGGCCGGGUUCGCUUUGGUGGACCCACAACUGGAUUGUGCUGGGCUGGAGGUUCUAGGCCUGACUUGGGGCGUGCGGCACAUAAUGGUUCUGGUGGUGGUCGAGGGCGUAGUGGUUGGAGUAGUAGGAAUGGAGGGUGGGACCGAGGGAGGGAGCACGAGGCGAACCCCUUUGUUGAUGAUGACAAUGCAGAGCAAGCGAUUAGCGAACAAGAAAAUACGGGUAUUAACUUUGAGGCUUAUGAUGACAUUCCGGUGGAGACAAGUGGGGGCAAUGUGCCACCCCCUGUGAAUACUUUUGCAGAGAUUGACUUGGGGGAUGCAUUAAAUCAAAAUAUUGGGAGGUGCAAAUAUGUGAAACCGACACCCGUUCAGCGUUAUUCUAUACCAAUUUCUCUUGCAGGACGGGACUUAAUGGCUUGUGCUCAGACUGGGUCAGGGAAGACUGCUGCCUUUUGCUUUCCAAUUAUCAGCGGAAUCAUGCGGGAGCAGUAUGUUCAGAGACCACGUGGAGCACGGACCGCAUACCCUCUUGCUCUAAUUCUUUCGCCUACUAGGGAGUUAUCAUGCCAGAUACAUGAUGAGGCGAAAAAGUUUUCCUAUCAAACUGGUGUCAAGGUGGUUGUUGCUUAUGGAGGAGCACCAAUCAACCAACAGUGGCGGGAUCUUGAGAGAGGAGUCGAUAUCCUUGUGGCAACCCCGGGACGAUUGGUUGAUUUGCUUGAGAGAGCAAAAGUCUCAUUGCAGAUGAUCAGAUAUUUAGCUCUUGAUGAAGCAGAUCGGAUGCUGGAUAUGGGUUUUGAGCCUCAAAUCCGAAAGAUAGUGGAACAAAUGGACAUGCCUCCACAAGGUGUGAGACAGACAAUGCUGUUUAGCGCCACCUUCCCUAAAGAGAUACAGAGAUUGGCAUCUGAUUUCCUUUCAAAUUACAUAUUUUUGGCUGUUGGAAGGGUUGGUUCAAGUACCGAUUUGAUUGUUCAAAGAGUUGAAUUUGUUCAUGAGUCUGACAAGAGAAGCCAUCUCAUGGAUCUUAUUCAUGCUCAGAAAGAAAGUGGAAUGCAGGGAAAGCAAUCUUUAACUUUAGUUUUUGUGGAGACAAAGAAGGGAGCCGACUCAUUGGAGCAUUGGUUGUAUGCUAAUGGUUUUCCUGCAACUACCAUUCAUGGUGACAGAACACAACAGGAAAGAGAAAAGGCAUUGAGAUCGUUCAAGAGUGGAAAGACACCAAUUUUAGUGGCAACAGAUAUAGCGGCACGUGGUCUGGAUAUUCCCCAUGUAGCGCAUGUGGUCAACUUUGAUCUCCCCAAUGAUAUUGAUGAUUACGUUCACCGGAUAGGACGGACAGGGCGGGCUGGCAAAACAGGAUUAGCAACGGCCUUCUUUAAUGAGGGUAAUUCAUCACUGGCAAGGCCACUGGCUGAUCUAAUGCAAGAAGCAAAUCAAGAAGUACCUGCCUGGCUUAUACGAUAUGCAUCAAGGACUAGGACUUCUCAUGGUGGUGGUGGCAGCAGAAAUCGGCGGUCUUGGGGAGGCCGAUUUGGUGGCCGUGAUUUUAGGAGGGAGAAUUCAUUUAAUCGAGCUAUGGACUACCAUGGUGGAGCAAAAGGUAGCGGUAGAUAUGGGUUUUCUGGUGGUUAUGGUGGCGGUUAUGGUCCAGGUGUGACCGGUGCUUGGGAUUAGUCUGAAUUUGUCUCUUAUGUUUUCUGUUAAUAUAUAUAUUUGACGGGUGUAUAGCGUAUUAGUCGAUGGCCUUCUGAAGGGGUGGAUGUGUUCCCAAAGAUAGGCGUAGGUACGGACACAUCUGCCAUUUUAGUUAGCUAUACUAGUUCCUGGGCAUUGUAGGACAAGCAUGAUGCUAAUGCCCGUAAAGCAGCAAUUAUCGAAAAAUAUUUAUUUUCU